AUGGAUAACAACAUGGAAAUUGACACUGCGCGUUCGCCUGAGCCACACCACCUGUCGCCAACAAGCGAUCCUGGUUCCAUACCAACUUUGGAUGGCUGGAUCGAAAGUUUGAUGACGUGCAAGCAAUUAGCGGAGGAGGACGUGCGGCGGCUGUGCGAUCGGGCCCGAGAAGUAUUGCAGGAGGAGUCAAAUGUUCAGCCAGUGAAAUGCCCGGUCACGGUUUGCGGUGACAUACACGGCCAGUUUCACGACCUAAUGGAGCUUUUCCGCAUCGGCGGUCCCAAUCCCGACACAAACUACCUUUUCAUGGGUGACUAUGUCGACCGAGGUUAUUACUCCGUCGAGACCGUGACCCUCCUGGUCUGCCUGAAGAUCCGUUACCCACAGCGUCUCACUAUCCUCCGUGGAAACCACGAAUCUCGUCAGAUCACCCAGGUGUACGGCUUCUACGACGAGUGUCUUCGUAAAUAUGGUAACGCCAACGUGUGGAAAUAUUUCACAGACCUUUUCGACUACCUCCCUCUCACUGCACUCAUUGAAAACCAGAUCUUCUGUCUUCACGGUGGUCUGAGCCCGUCCAUUGACACCCUGGACAACAUCCGAUCCCUGGACCGCAUUCAAGAAGUUCCCCAUGAGGGGCCCAUGUGUGAUUUGCUUUGGAGUGAUCCAGAUGAUCGCUGCGGAUGGGGAAUUUCUCCUCGUGGUGCGGGAUACACAUUCGGACAAGACAUUUCUGAAGCAUUCAACCACAACAACGGCUUGACUCUGGUGGCUCGUGCGCAUCAAUUGGUCAUGGAGGGUUAUAACUGGUCACAGGAUAGGAACGUGGUGACCAUUUUCUCGGCACCGAAUUACUGUUACCGCUGUGGCAACCAGGCCGCCAUUAUGGAGAUUGAUGAGCAUUUGAAGUACACAUUUCUACAAUUCGACCCCUGCCCCCGGGCAGGAGAACCGAUGGUUUCGCGACGCACACCCGACUAUUUCCUGUGA